UAUAGAUGGUCAUAGAGGUGGUCGAUGCUAUGAGCUUUGCGAUUUUUCAUGCAAAACUUGUGAAAGCAAUAUAAGUUACUGCGAUUCAUGCUUUGAUGGAUUUUUCCUAGGACUGAAUAAAGAUUGUAAGUCUGAGUGUCCUACCAACUGUAAAACAUGUACUUCUGAUACCAUAUGUCAAAAAUGUAAAGAAGGAUUCGUCAAUAAAGAUGGAUACUUUGAUUGCAGAUAUUCAAAUUGUCCUGAAAAUUGUUAUUGCAAUUUCUCAACAUGCGUUAUGUGCAAAGAUGGGUUUUAUGACACAAGAGAAUCAUGCAUGAACAAAUGCCCGGAUAAUUGCUAUAAUUGUUCAAAUUAUACGGUCUGUAAUUCCUGUAAAGAUGGAUUUUAUAGUAGUGGUGAUCAGAAAGUAUGUUCAAAUACAUGCUAUAAGGAUUGCAUAACCUGCUCUUCGCACGAGAAAUGUUUAAAAUGUCAAACCGGAAAGUUUGGUAAUCAAUGUCAGAAUAACUGUUCAUUUGGCUGCAGAGAUAAUGUUUGCUUUAUUGGAACAGGAAAAUGUCAUUGCUUACCUAACUUUGAUGGUGAAACUUGUUCUGAAUGUGUACAUGGUUAUUACGGAUCCUUUUGCGACAAGGAAUGUCCUGAUAAUUGUAAAAACAAUACGUGUGGAAGAUCUCUCGGGAACUGUACAAAAGGAUGUAAAACAGGUACAAUGACUGGCAAUUUCUGUGAAAAUUGUAUUGUGGGAAAAUAUGGCUUAUAUUGUGAGAACAAUUGUUCGAAAAAUUGUUUAAAUGGAAAGUGUGACAAAGAGAAUGGUACAUGUUCUGAGGGGUGUAAAGGUGGUUUCAAAGGAUAUUUUUGUUUGGAAUGUGUUCAGGGUAAAUAUGGAGAUGAAUGUAAAGAUGAUUGUCCAGAUACUUGUAAAGAUAACAGAUGUGAGAAACAGUCUGGGUAUUGCUUUGGAUGUAUAGAACAUUUCGACGGAAUGAUGUGUGAUAACUGUGAGCCUGGCUUUUAUGGCUCGGAUUGUGAACAGAUUUGUUCUCCAAAUUGUAUGAAUGUUUCCUGUAAUAAAAUUUCUAGUGAGUGUCAUCUGGGAUGUAAAGGAGAUUACUCUGGAGAUAAGUGUUGUAUAAACAACAAGAAUUGUUUAUACUGUGCAAAUACCACAGCUUGUCGUGAAUGUAAAUCUGGGUACUUUGGUCAAACCUGUAAUCAGACAUGUAGCGAUCUUUGUAUAAACAAUGUUUGUGAGAUAAAUACAGGUAUUUGUACAGAAGGAUGUCAAGCGUCUUCGCAAGGUGAUAUAAUUUGUGUUCGAAGUCAAGAUCAAGAUGGAUUUUAUAGAACUGGUGAUCAGAAAGUAUGUUCAAAUACAUGCUAUAAGGAUUGUAUAAGCUGCUCCUCGUACGAUGAAUGUUUGAACUGUAAUUCUGGAAAGUUUGGUCGUCAGUGUCAGAAUAAUUGUUCAGUUGGUUGCAUAGAUAAUGUUUGUCUAGUGAAGCUGGAAAACGGUAAAUACAGAAUGGAAUGUAAAGGUGAUUGUCCAGAUACUUGUAGAGACAACAGAUGUGACAACAGUCUGGAAAAAGCAAAAAUUGAAAACACAAAUGGUUCAAAGGACACGUCGUUAACUGCAGUUUUUGCAACCCUUUUUGCUAUUGCAACCGUUGCACUAUGUGUGUUGAUAUCGAAGAUGGUUCUAGAGAAAUUCUUCACAGCAAAAAGAAAACAAAAGGAUACUAUGGAACUAAGCUCCACAACCGAAAUACAGAAUAUCUCAAAUAGUUCUGAUGAUCACAUGUACGACUCAGCUAACGUCCAUAGAUCGGGAGGACCGAAUAAAGAUUGUAAGUCAAAGUGUCCUUCUAACUGUAAAAUAUGUACUUCUGAUACCAACUGUACAACUUGUAAAGAAGGAUUCAUCAAUAAAGACGGAUUCUUUGAUUGUAGUAGAUAUUUUAAUUGUCCUGAAAAUUGUUAUUGCAAUUUCUCGACAUGUGCACUGUGCAAAGAUGGGUUUUAUGACACAAGAGAAUCAUGCCUGAACAAAUGCCCGGAUAAUUGCUAUAAUUGUUCAACUUAUACGGAUUGUUAUUCCUGUAAAGAUGGAUUUUAUAGUAGUGAUGACCAGAAAGUAUGUUCAAAUACAUGCUACAAGAAUUGUAUAAGCUGCUCAUUGCACGAUAAAUGUUUAAAAUGUAAAACCGGAAAGUUUGGAGAUCAGUGUCAGAAUAAUUGCUCAGUUGGCUGCAAAGAUAAUAGUUGUUCUUUCGAAACUGGAAAAUGUAUAUGCCUACCUAAUUUUGAUGGUGCUACUUGUUCACAGUGUGUACUUGGACAAUUUGGUACCUUGUGUGACAAGGAAUGUCCCGAUAAUUGUAAAAACAAUAUGUGCGGAAGAACUCGAGGAAACUGUACAGAAGGAUGCAAAUCAGACAUUAUGUCUGGAAGUUACUGCGAAAAUUGUAUUGUUGGAAAAUAUGGCUUAUAUUGCAAGAAUAAUUGCUCGAAUAAUUGUUUAAAUGGUAAGUGUGACAAGGCAAACGGUACAUGUUCUGAGGGUUGCAAGGAUGAUUUCAAAGGACCUUUCUGUUUGGAAUGCAUUCAAGGUAAAUAUGGAGAAGAAUGUAAAGACGACUGUCCAGAUACUUGCAAAGAUAACGAAUGUUCAAAAAAAUCUAGGCAUUGCUUUGAAUGUAAGGAAAAUUUUGACGGAAUGAUGUGUGAUUUCUGUAAAUCUGGCUUUCAUGGCUCAGAUUGUGAACAAAAAUGUUCCUCAGGGUGCACGAAGAUUUCUUGCAAUAAAGAUUCUGGCAAAUGUAGCCAUGGGUGCAAGGAUGGAUACUCUGGAGAUAAAUGUUGUAUAAACAGCAAUAAUUGUUUAUAUUGCAAAAAUAACACAGUUUGUCGUGAAUGUAAAUCCGGGUACUUUGGUCAAAGCUGUAAUCGGAUAUGCAGUGAUCUGUGUAUCAACAAUGUUUGUGAGUUGAACACUGGCAUUUGUACGGAAGGAUGUAGAGCUUCGCUGGAUGAUAUAAUUUGCGUCCACAAGGCCGUUAUGGACUAA